AUGGAUGCAUUAUAUUUUGAUGUCGACGAUGGGUUAUACAGAAGGUAUUGUAAGAGAGAGGCGUUAGAAUGCCUAAUUGUCACUCACCAUCUAAAGUUUCACACUGGGCCAAGUGUAGAAUUGAGAACGCCACUUUUAUGGCACAUGAAUUUUGAACCAGAUAGACGUGCAAUUAAUAUUACCAUAAAUUCUUCUGGAACAGAAUUGUCAAAAAAUGAUCGAGUUAAAUUAUUCCCAAAUUUUGAAAAAUUACAUCCUGUUGGUCAUGAGACUUGGAAAAGCUGA